AUGUGUGCUUUGCCAUCUCUCGCAGGAAGCUCGGCAAAAGCUUACAGUAAUUGCCCGAUUUGGCAGCCUUCGCAGUCAUGGAGAUCCUACGCCCGCAAUUUGAAUCUCUGGCAUCUUCAACACGAUAUCGCGACUACGAAAAUUGUGCCGCAUAUCUUGCUGCAUGGCAUCCAACCAAAUUACGCCAACAUCUGCGACGCCGUAUCGUUACAUGGGGCCGACUUUAUGACCCAUGACAAGGAUGCCGAAUACGUUUGCGACGACAAGAAGCUUCAGAACUUGAUCCGAACCAAAACGCAAAUUGAACGCUUGGAACAUGUCAUCACGGUCGAUUGCGGAAUGGCUGACGUACUUGCUGACGUUGCCGAAUAUUCUCAGCUACAACGCUUCGAAAAGGCCGGCGGUGAAUCGGAUGUGGACGCUACUGCACGUUUCAAAGUUUUGGUCAACACCGUGCGCGGAAAUGGUUACCUUCCGACUAAUGCCGAACUGUGCAACGCGUUGUAUACCGGAUUACGGCUCACGGGACUUAAAGCAGUGGCAUUCAAGGCUUCGUUCAACAUGCGCAAAAUUGGCGAAGCAAGUACCACCGAGACAGUUGAGAAGAUGCACAAUGUGAUCGAGCAGCUCUUCAAGUCGUCCAAGCUCGACACCGUUUUGCAUGAUGUACACGGAAACAAGAAGUGGCAGCACGACGACCAGGGCGAUGCGGUGAUGACGACCCUUUGGACCUCGGCACCGACGAAAAAGGGAAACGGCAAGAAAGGCAAAGGCAAGAAGACCAAGGGCAAAGGCAAGAAGGGCAAGAACAAAGGUUACGGCAAGACUUCCGGUAGCGGCAAGGGCGGAAAUGGAAUCGGCAAGAAUGCGUACUAUGGUGGAAAUAAUUCUUCCUCUUCAUCUUCUUCGUGGAACAACAACUACUACAACAACUACAACAAUUCUUCUUCAUCUUCUUCUUCGCAGAACAAAGGCAACGGCAAGAACAAGUACUACAUCAAGAAGUAUCGCAAGGAUGGCCGCGCAUACUUCGUCGAAGCGGACACUGUGGACCAGCAUCAAGAUCAUGCUGAACACGACGGAAGCGGACAUGGUCAGCCUUGA